UGCGCACACGCUUGGCGCCCGGUCCUGAGCCUGAAGCAGGUGAUGGCGGAGCUCGGGGAGGCGGGCGAGGCGGAGCUGCAGCGCCUGGUAGCGGCCGAACAGCAGAAGGCGCAGUUCACCGCACAGGUGCAUCACUUUAUGGAGCUAUGUUGGGACAAAUGUGUGGAGAAGCCAGGGAAUCGUCUAGACUCUCGCACUGAAAAUUGCCUCUCUAGUUGUGUGGACCGCUUCAUUGACACUACUCUUGCUAUCACCAGUCGGUUUGCCCAGAUUGUACAGAAAGGAGGGCAAUAGAACAUCCUCUGGGAAAAUGGCAGAAGCAGCAAAAAACUUGUCACUAAGUAGACUGAAUGAAGCUCACUGGAGGAAUGUUAACUGUCAGGUCAACUUCAGGUUCUUAGGAAGCCUGUUGGUGCUAAAAAGUAAUAGAUCAAAUGUUCAAAAGAUGAAAUUUAUUUAUUCAGAAAUUUCAGGUUGUAACACAAUUAUUCAAUAAAUGUGAAUUCUCCAGCUUUUUUCUUUUACAUCCACUUUAGGACUUAAUAUAGAAAUCUCUGAUUGGCAAGAAUACUAGAAAUAAAUAUUUCAAGACCAGUAGUGCAAAUGGAAAAUCUGAGGUUUUUGAGGAGCCACUCUAAGCCAUCUUUAAGGGGGCUGAAAGAACCACCAAAGCCUUGGCUUAAGGCAUAGAGAAUUUGGGAUUGAGAAAGAUGAAAACAGAAAAUAGCUUUAUUGCUUAUAUUGGACCAAGAAAUUUAGGUAAACAUGGCAAAAAAAACAAAACAGGCAUAAUGUGUAUUUGUUAAGAGAUGGGCCUGCUAAUGUGGGAGGAAAGGAAGGUCAAGACCCAACAGAACCAACUUCCUGGACAUAACUUGUCUCAUCUUCCUGAGGCUGUGCUUAGGAAUUAGUACUCUUACAGCACAGAAACAAUGCUAAAAAAUACAUGUUGAAAACUCCAACACAGAUUUCACUUGCUCCAAGAACAAAACAAUUGCUUUAAGCUAAGAGGUAGUGAUUAUAGACCGCUCUUCCCCCUUGGGCCCCUACUAAUCCAAAAGGUAAAAAUAUACACCACGGAACACUGAGUACCAAUGUACCAAAUAUUGUAAGUAUUAAUAUUUCAAAUAAAUAACCCAAAAGGUAGCACCUGCUGAUAAUCAAGAGAUAGGGAACCUCUGGCCAACCAUGUUUUAAGACUAAACAUUUUUAUUAGAAGGCUGUCUGUAAAGAAUAAAGUUUGUCAUCAGAACUAUAAAAUAUUACCACCUCAUGGAAUGUUGUCAUAGUUAUAUCUAUUGCUGGUGUCUUACACUGUCAUGCUACCAUGAAGUAUGUGUUACUCAUGGGGAAAUUAAGGCAGGAAAGGUUAACUUACCUGCUCCAGACGUCACAACCAAUUAGUUGCAGAAGCAAAAGUCUGAGUUUUCAAGCUUUUUACUCAGCUCACAAGGUGACAACCAAGAAAACAAUGUCACUUGAUCUGCCAGAGUGAAAAAGUGAACUUAUAUUCUGCCAGACUUCUUUCAGUGAUAUCUUAGAAUCUUAAGAAUCAACAUAGCAGGGGUCACAGUAUAUAGUAUAAAGGAACUAAUGUGGUCUCUGCUUGGUGCUUUAAUCCAAAGUCAGAUUGGAAGUAAGUGGAUAUAUCCCUGAGAAGUCUUUCAUUUUAGAAUUGAUUCAACUUAGUUUCAGGGAAAAAGUUCAUUAAUAGGUUUAGGAAAAAAACAAGGAAGACAUUUAAAUGGCAGCUGCUGCUCUGAAUCCAGUUCAGAGCACCAUCAGACAGCAUGACUAGUUCCCAAUUCUUCCCCAUUUAGUUGAGAACUUAGCUAAGACAACUGAAGAAAUAAUUUUGAACACAAGUCCAUUUAGGUAAUCUCCAACAAUCUAAAGAACAUUUUACUAUCCAAUUACCAUGUUUUAGGAGUGUAACCAACUGUGGAAGGGAACUUUAACAGAAAACCCUGGUCAUAUAGCAGCUAUCUAUGGGUGCUAUCAAGAAGGGAAAAUUUGUUCUUAUGCUCAUCUCCUCAUUAAGUUAGCUGGAUCCCAUCCCUGUAAGGCCAAAAUACAAAAGGAUCAAAGCACAAGGCUGAAGACAUAGCCAAGUUGUGGCAUGAGUAACACGAUGUUCCCUUCCACCAUUCUACAUAGCACUGGUUCCAAUCCAGCUCUUGAUCCCAGCCUUUGCUUCCCCCAAAUUCAAUGUUCCAAUUGGUGUACCCAGGUGAUGAGAGAUUCCACUUUCUGGGUCUUAAUCUGUUGUAUAUGCUCUCUACACUAAAUGUGAUUAAUUGCAAAAAAAUAAUCUCUUCAAGAAACCUUCAUAACAAAAUACUAGCUUCCCUAUUAACAAUAGGUCAAGUUUAACAGGCCGAAAAAGACAAGUCUGUCAAAAAGUACAUGGAUGGCACAAGACAGCUCUGACCUGAGGACCCCUGUGCUGAGCACAAGUCACUGGCAAAACCCCAAGGUGUAAGAGCUGGAAAUACCCACAGUCCUGAGGAAACCGAAGAAUUUCUCCUUUAGUCAUCCUCUGAACUCUCCGCAGACCUUUCAUCUGUAGCCACUUUCCAAUUUGUGCGUUUGUUUGUCCUCUCCUGUAUUUCAUUGUUGACUACAGGGAUAUGAACUUUUUUCUCUUUCUUUUUCCUUUUGGUUUUCUUAGUGUCUCUUUCCUCACUCUCCUCAGAACUGCUGGAUGAGGAAUCAUCUGACUGGGAAGUGUCACUUUCUGCCUCUAAGAAUAAAGCAGAUUUUUUGAGAGACUUUUUCCUGGAUUUUUUCUUACGCUUAUGUGA